UAUAAAUGGUACUCAAAGUAUUGGUCUGCACCCCAAAGCCAUCGGUGUUUUGAUUGCCUAUACAAAACAAGAAAGAGAGUCGUUACUUGUUUGAACAAUGGCUGCAAAAGAUAGGAUCCUUGUUCUGGGAGCUACAGGAUCCAUGGGAAGACACGUAGUAUGGGCAAGUGUUAAGGCUGGCAAUCCCACAUAUGUCUUGGUCAGGAAUACCCCUGGCGCUAAGAGCAAUGUACGCCUUGUCAAAGCUGCUAAUCCUGAAACCAAGGAAGAGCUCCUUCAGAGCUUCAUCAAUUCUGGUGUUAACAUAAUCGAGGGAGAUAUGAACGAUCAUGAAACUCUGGUUAAUGCAAUCAAGCAAGUUCAUACUGUAAUAUGCACUCUUGGUAAACAACUAAUAGGAGAUCAGGUGAAGAUCAUUGAAGCAAUCAAAGAAGCUGGCAACGUCAAGAGAUUUUUUCCAUCUGAAUUUGGGUUGGAUGUGGACCGUCACGAAGCAGUGGAGCCAUUUAGAGAAAUUUGCGAGGAAAAAGCAAAAAUACGAAGAAUGAUUGAAGCCGAAGGAAUUCCUUAUACUUACAUAUGUUGCUUUGCCUUUACUGGUUACUACUUACGUAACCUGUGGCAGCUUGACACUGUUGUCCCUCCUCGGAACAAGGUAGUCAUAGUAGGAAAUGGAAACGUGAAAGGAGCAUUUGUGACUGAGGCUGAUGUGGGCACUUUCACCAUCGAAGCAGCGAACGAUCCUAGAGCCUUGAACAAAGCCGUCCACAUAAGGCUCCCUGCCAAUUAUUUGACCUCAGAUGAAAUCAUCCCUUUGUGGGAGAAAAAGAUUGGGAAGACUCUUGAGAAAAUUUAUGUUCCAGAGGAACAAGUUCUCAAGGAAAUUCAGAAGUCUUCUUUCCCAAAUAAUUACCUCUUGGCGUUGUAUCACUCACAGUUGAUAAAGGGAGAUGCGGUUUAUGAGAUUGACCCAGCCAAAGACAUUGAAGCAUCUGAGUUUUAUCCCCAUGUGAAAUACACAACCGUUGAUGAAUAUUUUAAUCAGUUUGUCUGAUUUUUUAAUUACCCAACUUUAAUAACUCUGCUUUGCUUCUGCCUAAUAAAACAGGAUAAAACUAGGUCUUGUUGGUAAUGUUAAUUAAAGAAAAGUAUCAUAAGUAAACAAAUGUUAUUUUAACUUUUUUGCCUCAGUUAUUUCAAUAAAGGCAUGCAGGGUUUGUAGUUUGCCAGCACUACCAUUC